CAGCUAGACAACGAGCGUCAAGCCGUGCAUGAUCGGACUCAAGAUUCUUGAUUCUUGAUUGUGAUUGCCUUCUCCCUCACAUCCAACGUCUCAACUGUCAGACCACAUUCCUUGCCUCUACGCCCGUUUCAUCCAACCGCAGCAGAAUUUGCACUUUGACACGGCCCAGUCGCCCCUCUCUCCAGCCCUCCAGCCCUCCAGCCCUCCAGCCCUCGCCAUCAUGUCUCGAUUCCUGCGUCGAGCUCCCGCUCCCUCAACCUCUGUCGACAAAUCCUCCCUGCCAGUCUCUCACGACCCCAUCCUCGCGCCUCUUCCAUCCACCUUGGCAUCACUGCAGUCUCGACCUCCCAGCGCCCCUCUUUCGGCCGCUCAGCAGGAUCUCCUUGCUGCUCUCGGCGCAUACGUGUGGGAGCUGCACGGCAGGGGUUGGGAAGAUGAUGCGGAGCUGAGCAAGAGCAGGACGGUCACCGAGACUGCAGGCAGCUCCAUCGAACCUGCUCACAAGGCGAAAGAAUCGGCAUCAGCAGCGUCAACUUCGACCUCGCCCGCUCCAGCGUGGUACAGGACGUGGGAAGAAACGUUUCUAAAAGAUGCCACCACAUUGCCUCGCUACGCCCGCGCUUCCAAGUGGGACCUGGAAAACGCCAAGAAGAGGAUCAGCGAGACAUUGUACUGGAGACGCAGCUACAGGCCUGAGCUGAUCAGCCCGGACGAGGUGGUGGAGGAGGCCAAAACUGGCAAACAAGUGCUCAGCGGGUUUGACAAGGACGGCAGACCGGUGCUCUACCUCAGACCUGGAAGAGAGAAUACGACACCUUCUCCUCGACAAAUCAGAUUCCUGGUGUACGCGCUGGAAAGAUCUUUGGACAUCGCUCCGGAGGGCGUAGAGACGCUGACGAUCAUCAUCGAUUACAAGUCCGCAACUCAAGCUUCCAAUCCCUCGCUGUCGCAAGCUCUCAAAGUGCUCAACAUUUUGCAGGCUCACUAUGUCGAGAGGAUGGGCCGAGCGUUCGUCUGCAACGUGCCGUGGUACCUGAACGCCUUCUUUAGCGCCAUUUCGCCCUUUUUGGAUCCCGCUACUAGAGCCAAGAUCAGGUUCAACGCAAAGUUGGAAGAGUUUGUGGAUCUGGACCUGCUUGAUGCGGAGUUUGGCGGCAGACACCGAUACGUGUGGGACUUUGAAAAGGUGAGUGUCGGGGCGUUGUCCAUUGACGAUUAGCACGGAGGAGAGGCACGAGCGAUUCUGCGUCCUCUUGAACAAGACCGACGCCCGUUGUACUGCGAGUGGACUGAUUCUACCUCACCCUUCCCUUGGCUAUGCAGUACUGGACUCCUCUGAUGAAUGCGGCAAAGGUCAUGCCGGAUGGU